AUGCAUUCUUGGAUGCUGGAAGAGAAUGCUAUGCCAACGAACGUCCCGAUGGUCUGCUUGGCACAAGGCUGUAAAGUCACUGCACACGACCUCCGCCCAAACCCUCUCGCCUCAACAAAACCUAAUCUUCACUGCUUACAGGGUGAUAUCAGCUCUGAAGCUUCCAUCCAAGAAUCCAUCUCCCAAGCCAUUAGCCACUUCUCACAACCCAUAAAUAUCCUUUGUGCCAAUGCUGGUAUCACAGAUGAAUCCUCUAGCUACCCUAUAUGGGGCAUGCCUAGCGAUCUCUGGGAUCGUACUUACGCUGUCAACGUUCGCGGUACUUUCCUAACAAUCAAACACUUUCUCAGAUCUGUCGAAGAAUCACAACUGGAAACCGGCAAGGACGUCAACAACGUUAGUGUUGUCGUGACGGGGUCCGAAUGUGGAGUUUUUGGUCAGGCAGGACAUGUGGAGUAUGCGAGUGGGAAGGCGGCACUGCAGUACGGACUUGUAAAGACGGUAAAGAACGAGAUAGUCAGGUUGAACAAGAGCGCGAGGAUCAAUGCUGUUGCCCCUGGGUGGGUGGAUACAAAAUUGAUUGAGGGUAGAUUGGAUGACCCGAAGGAGAUGUGGAGGGAGGCUGAGGCUACUGUUCCCCUUAGGAAGAUUGCUCAACCGACUGACGUAGCGCGAGCAGCUGCUUUCCUAGCCAGCCAUCGUGCUGCGGGGCAUAUCUCUGGACAAUGUAUAUCUGUCGACGGUGGUAUGGAAGGUCGUAUCGUGUGGUCGGAGGACGAAGUUCGCAAAUCACAAGCAACUGCUGUGGAACCCGAGAUGCCCUCUGUCAAUACUACUGGUGAAGCCGAGGUAUUUGGUACCACUACCGAAGGCGUAUCUCUAGCUAGUAGAAACACCUCAGCAACGGCCAUCCCAACAACGUCAUCUCUCACCGCCCCUCGAAUCAACCAUGAACCGAAGAUCAAGAUACUGCUCUCGGUAGACUUUGACGCGGUAUCAGGUUGGUUAGGCACUGGAGCUCACCCCAACAAUAACCUCGCAGACUAUAGUACGGGGUUCUUCAGUGGGCAUGUCGGCGUUCCUAGGCUACUCAAACUCUUUGCAAAAUACGACAUCGCCAACAAAGUGACCUGGUUUGUGCCAAUGCACAGCGCAGAGUCCUUCCCCAAAGAAUUUGCCGCAAUCAAGAACAGUGGGGCAGAGAUAGGAUUACACGGCUACUGCCACGAAGGCGCUCCGCAGCUCACUCCAACCCAAGAACGCGAAGUCCUCGAACAUUGCAUAAGCCUCUACCAAGAGUUGUUAGGGAAACGCCCACUGGGCUACCGCGCGCCACUCUACCAGCUUCGAGAGAGUACCGUAGAGUUACUAGAAGAAUACUCCUUCCUGUACGACUCUUCACUAUCGCACCACGAUAGCAAACCAUACUACCUCCCCAAUCUACCACCUAUAAAGCCGCCAAAGUAUACCGAGGAGGCUUCCGCAAAGGACUGGAUGAAGCCUCUCCCCAGACCUAGUGCCCCUACGGCCAAGACACUGGUUGAAAUUCCAGCAAACUGGUACACCGAAGACAUGACGCCCCUUCAAUACCUCCCUAAUGUACCCAACUCGCACGGCUAUGUUGACGUGCGUGUGAUGGAGAAUAUGUGGAAGGAUAAAUUCGAUUGGAUUAGGAGCGAGAUGCGCGAUGGUAUUGGAGAAAAAGACGUAGUAGUGUUUCCAUUGGUCUUGCACCCAGAUACUAGUGGUAUGGCGCAUGUCAUUGGAAUGAUCGAGAGAGUGAUCAAGUGGCUGAAGACGUGGGAAGGGGACGUAGAGUUUUGCACAUAUGAAGAGGCGGCUGGGGAGUGGAAGGAGAAGAACACGGUAGAGUGA